AUGUUGCAUGCGCUGCGAACAAGUGAGGACAGGCCAGAGGGGCAAGCGUAUAUUCUAUACUAUAUGUAUGGAUUCGCUCUGGACAUGUAUGUCGCGUUCUUCAGAUGUGAUGAUCAUGUCACUAUUGUACGUGCAGGCUCGAUCUUCGCUAUCAGCUUGCCCAGUCUUUUUGAUAAGACCAAGGGUAUGGCUGGAAGAAAGAUAUCUGAUGAUAAUACUGACGGAGUAUUUAUCACCGGUAUGUUUGCUCUAUAA